AUGCUUCAACAUUAUCAAGAUGCCAUGGCAAUCGUAAGACAGUAUGGGAAACCUGACCUGUUCAUUACGAUGACAUGUAAUCCUAACUGGUUAGAGAUACAAGAAAAUCUACUGCCAGGUCAAACAGCAUCUGAUAGACCAGACUUAGUUUCACGUGUUUUUCAUUUGAAAAAAGAACGACUCAUGGAAAUAAUCGUGAAAGAGAAGUUAUUUGGUGAUGUAAUGGCAUAUGUCAGUGUAGUUGAAUAUCAAAAACGUGGCUUGCCUCACGUUCAUCUGCUACUGACAUUGAAGCAGAAUUCUAAAAUUACCACUCCUGAUGUUGUUGAUAAAUAUAUUUCAGCUGAAAUCCCAGAUCCUGAAAAAGAUACUAUUCUCCAUGGUACAGUCUUGAAACAAAUGAUUCACGGUCCGUGUGGAAAUUGGUGUAAAGAUGAAAAAGGGCGAUGUUCUAAAAAAUUCCCGAAGAAUUUUCAAGAGGAGACAUCGAUGGAUGAGGAUGGAUAUCCUACUUAUCGAAGACGCAAUACAGGUCAUUACGAUCGUAAUGGUCAUUCCACUGAUAACCAGUAUGUCGUACCUUAUAACUCCAAACUAUUGAAAAUAUUCGACUGUCAUAUUAACGUUGAAGUAGUGACAAGUAUUAAAUCUGUCAAAUAUCUUUACAAAUAUAUUUACAAAGGUCAUGAUGCGGCAUGUGUUACGAUAAACGAUCCCGAAACUAAUGAAAAUAUAAUUUCCCAUGAUGAAAUCAAGAAUUUCGUGGAGGCUCGAUACGUAGGACCAGCAGAAGCAUGUGAUCGAAUCUUAGGAAGGCCUUUGCAGAAUAAGAGUCACUCAAUAGUACGAUUGCCUGUCCACUUAGAAAACCAACAAAACAUCACUAUCAAUGAUGAUGCAAACGAGAAUGAUAUGAGAUCAGCAUUGCAACGAACCAACAUGCUUCUCGAUUAUUUUGCUCUAAAUGCACGGGAUCCUAAUGCUCAUCAAUUCACGUAUUCUGAAAUCCCAUCGCAUUAUGUAUUUAAAAAACAAACUGGCUCCAAUGUAUCGAAAUGGACGAAACGUCAAUCGCAUUUCAACGUCAUUGGACGAAUGUAUAGUGUCAGUCCAACACAAAGCGAGUUAUUUCAUCUUCGUUUAUUACUGAUACACGUCAAAGGAGCGACCAGCUAUGCCGAUCUCAGGACCGUUGAUGGUGAAACAUAUGAAACGUUUCAAGGUUCUUGCCUAGCUUUAGGUCUUAUCGAGGAUGACGCAGAAUGGGAACGUGCAAUGACAGAAGGAGAAGUAUGGAUGAUGCCUAGGCAACUGCGUCAUUUAUUUGUACGAAUCCUGAUAUAUUGUCAUCCUAUCAACCCCGAAGUACUUUGGGAAAAAUUCAAGGAAGCGAUGUCUCAAGAUUUUCAACGGCUAUUGGUCGCGCCAGAAGCAGAAAGAAGAGCUUAUAUUGAAGUGAAUCGACUCCUAUCUUAUGAAGGAUCAGCUAUCAGUCGGUUCCCCACGAUGCUGCAAUUAUUGGACUUGGACCAUAAUAUUGAUGUCGAGGCUGAUGAUGAAAUACCACUUGAACAACAUAGAACUAUUGGUCAAAGUCAAUAUGAGAAAUUGAAUUCGGAACAAAAAAACAUUGUCGAUAAUGUGUUGAAUGCUGUUGAAGCCCGAGAAACAAGCACUACAUAUUUUUACAUAGAUGGACCAGGUGGCUCCGGCAAAACUUUCGUUUAUACUACUCUUUACCAUCUAUUACGAGCUAGCGAAAAGAAUGUUCACACGAUGGCCUUUACAG